GGAGGUUUUUUUUUUAAUUUGGUUUUUGAAUACAAGGAAAUAAAAAGAGAAUGCACAGCAACAUUUGCCUGUGACUGACUUCAGCUGGACCCCCUUGGUGUAGAGCUCGGCCCUUGCUCUGCUUUCAGCCUGGUUAAUACUGGGCAUUGUUUCUUGCAGUGCUAUUCUGAAGGGAAUGCUACAACUUAAGAUCUCCUUAACUUGACUGAUUUGGCUACACCAGCAAGCUGGCAUGAUUUCCAGCAGUUCAAGCUUUUUCUGUUUCAUUGUAAAUCUUUUUGUGCUCUAAAGUAUAAGAAGUUGUAGAUUGAUGGUGUUGCAUCUUACUGAAAAGCUUUAAAACUUUCUGUUAUGGGAAUACUGGCUUUGAUUAAGGAGUUUGAAUAAGAAGAAACAAUUGUGAAGAGGAAAAGUUCACAUGUUGAGUAGUAGUGUUCAUAGCUUUUUUAACUUAGUCAUCAGGACUUCUAUCUAAGAGGUUCAUCAAACAACUGUACUUUGUGGGGUUGUGUAUUUUGUGCUUUACUUAGAUUCUUUCAAGUUCCUAAGCAUAAGGUAAAAAAAACAACCCAACCAAAACGAAUGAAGGUAAAAGUCAUUUGUCAUUAAGUCUACUUUGUGUUUGCAGUUUGGUGCUAUGUUGGACCUCUUAGUAGAAAGAACACGAAAAACUUUCAAAAGAUGCUUUUGACUCCUGUGCUGUGGGGAUUAGGAUGGAGAGCAGUUCUUCUGCCUAACUUGUAUUCUUACUCAAUUCCUGGAAAUAUUUAAAGUAUUUCUGGCAUGCUAAGUGUGACCCUUCAAUAUUAGGUUGUAUUAUUGUAGUGUAGAAGACUGAAUCUGAGCUAGCAGAGGCCUGAUCACUAAUUUCCUGUGCUGUGGAGGUGUAUGGAUGAUAUACAUGUGCCUUUUAGCAUCAUGUCUGAGGUUUGCAUAAUAAUGAGUUUAUAUACCUGGUUUCUUAUGGCCCACAGUAAAACUGCAUCAUUUAGGAUUUUUUUCUUUUUCUCCUGUUCCCUUCCUGUCACCUUUGUUCACUUCUAUAGGCCCUUUUCAGAAGAAUAGGCAAUUAUGUUCAGCUAUUCACUGUUUUUACUGACAAUGCCAGAUCUUGAAAAUUAUUUCAUUGGAGAUAUUUGAAUUUGAAUCUCAAGCUGCAGUGUUUUAAACUUUUUCAUGACAGACUUCUUGCUUACUGUGCUCUGGAUAUAAUAGGUACCAAAUCAGCAUAUAGCCUACUGAAUUCUUAAACUUGGGUUAUUUCCUUCUUACAGCUUCUUUUUUUCACCUGCAAAUACCUUUUUUAACCAGAUUCCACAAAAUUAGAAACAGUAAAACUGGAUUUGCUGGUUGUGGUCCUGUUGCUAAGCUCUACAUGGAAAUACCAAUUUAGCACAGGAUACAGAACUUACCUCUCUUCACUGAGGAAUCAACCAAGGCUUGUUCUUGAAAUAUGUCUGUUUCUGAGGACUGUGGCUGGGGGUUAUGGUAGCCUUCUAUAAAUAACUGCCAAAAUAACAUCUCUAGGCCUCUAACAGUCAUAAAGCAAUACCAAAAGUAGUACUACAAAGCCAUAAUAGAUUAUUUCUAAAAAAAUAAUUCUAUGCGCUCAUUAAUCCUUCUGUCUCAAAUACCUUUUCCCUUUAAUUUAGCUCUGAUGAGCAGAACUUCCUGAUUAUAAAGCUAGAUCUUUUUUCCUGAAUGACUAUAUAUCUUGCUUUAUGCAAAUGGAAGUUGCAUAAAUAAGACUAAGAAGCUGUUUGGAAAGCACUGUAGUUAUGUUGUGAAUACUGCUGUUUAUUCCUGAAAUGGGCUUUGUAAUCUCCUACUCUGAAAGUUAAAAUACUUGAAUACUGUUGCUGUCUAUCAAGCACUGAGUUUUUCCUUAAUGUUGAUAAACAUAGAUUCUCCUAAAUUGCGUUUGUCCUGUCUCCUUAUAAUUAGAGAAGACUGCUAGAAAAGAAGCAUGUCAUCACAAAAUCACAGAGGAGUUUGUAGUUUGGGUUGGAAGGGAUCUUUAAAGGUCGUUUAGUUCAGUAUAUCAUCUGCAUGCUAUAUAUACCAAAACCUGGUUGCUCCGUAUUAAGGUUCUAAAUCUUAUUGAGAAGAACCUUGUCCAUGUGUCUUUUAACUAAAAAUUGUUUGAAAGUUUUUUGUCUUCAGUUUUUGCUUAAACAACAGCAUUUUAGAUUUGCCUCUGGAGGUGUGGGGGUGAGUCUUCAUGCCACAUAUCUUAUGGCUCUUCCUCUUUUGUUUUUCAGUGAAUGAUAGUGUCUAGAAAGGGUAUGUCCCUUCAGGAGAGAGGUGCCAAUGUCCAACCGGCCUAAUAACAAUCCAGGGGGGUCACUGCGACGUUCACAGAGGAACACUGCCGGGGCCCAGCCACAAGACGACGCAGUAGGAGGAAGGUCACAUUUAGGGCAGGCAAAACAUAAGGCACAUAGCCCUCCUGAGAGUAGAAAAUCUAUUUCAAAGACACCCAAAGUGCAGUCUAAUACUACUUCUGAACAGUCCAAGGGACACUUUUCUAAAAGAGGCUGUAGUUCAUCUGCUGUUUUAAUACCACAACAAGAAGAUCCAGAGAGUGUCAAUACAACAGAAAAGCAAAAAACGGGGCAAGUGCCUAAGAAAGACAGUUCUCGAGGAGUUAAACGCAGUGCUAGUCCAGAUUACAGGAGGACCAAUUCUCCUAGCUCUGCUAAAAAACCCAAAGCACUUCAACACACUGAAACUUCCUCAGAAACUAACAAGCCACAUACUAAAUCUAAGAGAAGACACUCAGACCAAGAGCAGCCCAAGUCUACACAAUUGCCAUCAACAAGCAAGGCUCACACCAGAAAGGGUGGAGCUGCUGGUAGCUCCAGAAGUCAGAAAAGGAAAAGGACAGAGAAUCUGUCUUGUAUAAAGAGUGGGUCAUCAGUUGAAUCAACUGGCACUGAAGAAAAGUCAGCAAAAGUCUCCAAGCUGGCUUCAAAAUCGGUGACCUCAGCCAAAGCUGGGUGUGGCACCAUCACCGAUUCUUCUUCUUCAGCUUCCACCUCCUCCUCCUCUUCUGCUGUUGCCUCUGCUUCUUCUACUGUUCCUCAGGGUGCCAGAGUGAAACAGGGAAAGGACCAGAGUAAGGCUAGACGUUCCCGUUCUGCAUCCAGCCCCAGUCCAAGAAGGAGUAGCAGGGACAAAGAACCAAGUAAAACAGGUGGCUCUUCAAAGUUUGACUGGGCUGCUCGAUUCAGCCCCAAAGUCAGUCUCCCUAAAACAAAACUGUCUCUACCAGGCUCUUCCAAGUCGGAGACAUCAAAACCUGGACCUUCAGGACUACAGGCUAAGCUAGCAAGUCUAAGAAAAUCUACCAAGAAGCGCAGUGAAUCACCACCUGCUGAGCUCCCCAGUUUACGGCGGAGCACACGGCAAAAGACCACGGGCUCCUGUGCUAGCACCAGUCGGCGAGGCUCUGGCCUGGGCAAAAGAGGAGCAGCUGAAGCUCGCCGACAGGAGAAGAUGGCUGAUCCUGACAACAACCAGGAUGGAGUUAACUCUUCAGCUGCACGGACAGAUGACCCUCCCCAGGGAGCUGCAGCUUCUAGUUCUGUUGCUGGAGCUGUAGGUAUGACAACUUCUGGAGAAAGCGAGUCAGAUGAUUCUGAGAUGGGAAGAUUACAAGCUCUAUUAGAGGCUAGGGGUCUUCCUCCUCACCUGUUUGGCCCUCUUGGUCCUCGGAUGUCGCAGCUCUUCCACAGGACAAUUGGAAGUGGAGCUAGUUCUAAAGCUCAACAGCUUUUACAAGGUCUCCAAGCCACUGAUGAAAGUCAGCAGCUACAGGCAGUGAUUGAGAUGUGCCAGCUGUUGGUUAUGGGAAAUGAAGAAACAUUAGGAGGAUUUCCAGUCAAGAGUGUUGUACCAGCUUUGAUAACACUGCUGCAGAUGGAGCACAACUUUGACAUUAUGAAUCAUGCAUGUCGGGCCUUAACAUACAUGAUGGAAGCACUUCCCAGAUCAUCUGCUGUAGUGGUAGAUGCAAUUCCUGUCUUCUUGGAAAAGCUGCAAGUUAUCCAGUGCAUUGAUGUGGCAGAGCAGGCGCUUACAGCCCUGGAGAUGUUGUCACGCAGGCACAGUAAAGCCAUUCUGCAGGCAGGUGGGUUGGCAGACUGUUUGCUGUAUCUGGAAUUCUUCAGUAUAAAUGCACAAAGGAAUGCACUAGCUAUUGCUGCCAACUGCUGCCAGAGUAUAACACCUGAUGAGUUUCACUUUGUGGCAGACUCUUUGCCACUGCUAACACAAAGGUUAACCCAUCAGGACAAAAAGUCUGUUGAAAGCACUUGUCUGUGUUUUGCACGGCUAGUGGACAACUUCCAGCAUGAAGAGAACUUGCUGCAGCAGGUUGCUUCCAAGGACUUGUUAACAAAUAUCCAGCAGCUCUUGGUUGUGACACCUCCUAUCCUGAGCUCAGGAAUGUUCAUCAUGGUGGUGCGCAUGUUCUCCCUGAUGUGCUCCAACUGCCCCACACUUGCAGUCCAGCUUAUGAAGCAAAAUAUUGCAGAAACGCUUCACUUCCUCCUUUGUGGAGCCUCAAAUGGGGGUUGUCAAGAACAAAUUGACCUUGUUCCACGAAGUCCUCAAGAACUUUACGAACUUACUUCUCUUAUCUGUGAACUGAUGCCUUGCCUGCCAAAAGAGGGAAUCUUUGCUGUUGAUACUAUGCUAAAGAAAGGAAAUGCACAAAAUACAGAUGGUGCAAUAUGGCAAUGGCGAGAUGACAGGGGUCUCUGGCAUCCCUAUAACAGGAUUGAUAGUCGAAUAAUAGAGGCAGCUCAUCAGGUUGGUGAGGAUGAGAUAAGCCUAUCUACACUUGGGCGUGUCUAUACUAUUGAUUUUAACUCUAUGCAGCAAAUAAAUGAGGAUACUGGAACAGCUCGUGCCAUUCAGCGAAAACCAAACCCUUUAGCCAAUACAAACACUAGUGGACAUUCGGAAUUGAAGAAGGAUGAUGCUCGAGCACAAUUAAUGAAAGAGGACCCAGAACUGGCAAAAUCUUUUAUCAAAACACUGUUUGGUGUUCUUUAUGAAGUAUAUAGUUCUUCAGCUGGACCUGCUGUUAGACACAAGUGCCUUAGAGCAAUUCUUAGGAUAAUUUAUUUUGCUGAUGCUGAACUUCUGAAGGAUGUGCUGAAAAACCAUGCUGUUUCAAGUCAUAUUGCCUCCAUGCUGUCGAGUCAAGACCUUAAGAUAGUAGUUGGAGCCCUGCAGAUGGCGGAGAUUUUAAUGCAAAAGUUACCUGACAUUUUUAGUGUUUACUUCAGAAGAGAAGGGGUGAUGCACCAAGUGAAAAACUUGGCAGAGUCUGAGGCUUUGCUAACAAGUCCCCCAAAAGUGUGCACUAAUGGUUCAGGAACGCUGGGAGCCACUACGACCAUAAGUACUGGGACAGCCACUGCUGCCAGCAACGCAGCUGCAGAUUUGGGCUCUCCCAGCUUGCAGCACAGCCGGGAGGAUUCCUUGGAUCUGAGCCCACAGGGACGACUGAGUGAUGUUCUAAAGAGAAAAAGACUGCCAAAACGAGGGCCAAGGAGACCAAAAUACUCCCCUCCAAGAGAUGAUGACAAAGUAGACAAUCAAGCUAAAAGCCCUACAACUACUCAGUCUCCUAAAUCUUCUUUCUUGGCAAGUUUAAAUCCGAAAACAUGGGGAAGAUUAAGCACACAGUCCAACAGUAAUAAUAUUGAACCAGCACGAACAGCAGGAGUGAGUGGUCUUGCAAGGGCUGCUUCCAAGGAUACCAUUUCCAAUAACAGAGAAAAAAUUAAGGGCUGGAUUAAGGAGCAAGCCCAUAAAUUUGUAGAACAUUACUUUAGUUCUGAAAACAUGGAUGGAAGCAAUCCUGCACUAAAUGUAUUACAGAGACUUUGCACUGCAACUGAACAACUCAACCUCCAGGUGGAUGGUGGAACAGAGUGCCUUGUAGAAAUCCGUAGCAUUGUCUCGGAAUCUGACGUCUCCUCAUUUGAAAUCCAGCAUAGUGGGUUUGUUAAACAACUGCUGCUCUAUUUGACAUCUAAAAGUGAAAAAGAAGCUGUAAGCAGGGAUAUCAGAUUGAAAAGAUUUCUUCAUGUAUUUUUUUCUUCUCCACUUCCUGGAGAAGAGCCCCUUGGAAGAUUAGAGCCAUUAGAAAAUGCACCUUUGUUGGCAUUAGUCCAUAAAAUGAACAACUGCCUCAGUCAGAUGGAACAGUUUCCUGUUAAAGUGCAUGACUUUCCUAGUGGAAAUGGAACAGGGAGCAGUUUUUCUCUUAACAGAGGAUCUCAAGCUUUAAAAUUCUUCAAUACACAUCAGUUAAAAUGCCAACUGCAAAGACAUCCAGACUGUGCUAAUGUGAAACAGUGGAAAGGUGGACCUGUGAAGAUUGAUCCUCUGGCUUUGGUACAAGCCAUUGAAAGAUAUCUUGUAGUUAGAGGCUAUGGAAGAGUUAGAGAAGAUGAUGAAGAUAGUGAUGAUGAUGGGUCAGAUGAAGAAAUAGAUGAAUCCUUGGCUGCUCAAUUCUUAAAUUCAGGGAAUGUGAGACAUAGAUUACAGUUUUACAUUGGAGAUCACUUGCUGCCAUACAAUAUGACUGUGUACCAGGCAGUCAGGCAGUACAGUUUACAAGCUGAGGAAGAAAGAGAGUCUACAGAUGAUGAAAGCAACCCACUGGGAAGAGCUGGGAUUUGGACAAAAACGCACACUAUUUGGUACAAACCUGUGCGAGAGGAUGAAGAUGGCAAUAAGGACUGUGUUGGGGGUAAAAGAGGAAGAGCACAAACUGCUCCCACAAAAACCUCCCCUAGAAAUUCUAAAAAACAUGAUGAAUUGUGGCAUGAUGGUGUAUGCCCUUCGGUGUUAAAUCCUCUGGAAAUUUACCUCAUAUCUACUCCACCUGAAAAUAUAACAUUUGAAGACCCCUCAUUAGAUGUUAUUCUUCUUUUGAGAGUUUUACAUGCUAUCAGUCGAUACUGGUAUUACUUGUAUGAUAAUGCAGUCUGCAAGGAGAUAAUUCCAACCUCGGAGUUUAUCAACAGUAAACUGACAGCAAAAGCAAACAGGCAGCUUCAGGAUCCUUUGGUAAUUAUGACAGGAAACAUCCCAACUUGGCUGACAGAACUUGGAAAAACAUGCCCGUUUUUCUUUCCAUUUGAUACCCGCCAAAUGCUGUUUUAUGUAACGGCCUUUGAUCGUGAUCGAGCCAUGCAAAGGCUGCUGGAUACAAAUCCAGAAAUCAAUCAGUCGGAUUCUCAGGAUAGCAGAGUGGCACCACGGCUGGACAGGAAAAAACGCACUGUGAACAGAGAUGAGCUGUUGAAACAGGCAGAAUCUGUGAUGCAGGAUCUAGGCAGUUCAAGAGCCAUGUUGGAAAUCCAGUAUGAGAAUGAAGUUGGCACAGGCCUAGGCCCUACACUAGAGUUCUAUGCACUUGUAUCUCAGGAACUACAGAGAGCAGACUUAGGCCUUUGGAGGGGAGAAGAAGUGACUUUAGCCAAUCCAAAAGGAAGCCAGGAAGGUACCAAGUAUAUUCAUAACCUUCAAGGCCUUUUUGCACUUCCUUUUGGUCGAACAGCCAAGCCAGCUCACAUUGCAAAAGUUAAAAUGAAGUUCCGCUUUCUGGGAAAACUAAUGGCCAAGGCAAUCAUGGACUUCAGACUGGUGGACCUUCCUCUUGGACUUCCUUUUUAUAAGUGGAUGCUACGACAGGAAACUUCCUUGACAUCGCAUGACUUGUUCAGUAUCGAUCCAGUAGUAGCCAAAUCAAUAUAUCACCUUGAAGAUAUUGUAAGACAAAAGAAAAGACUUGAACAGGAUAAAACUCAGACCAAAGAAAGUCUACAGUAUGCAUUGGAAGCUCUGACUAUGAAUGGCUGCUCAGUGGAAGAUCUAGGGCUGGACUUCACACUUCCUGGGUUUCCCAAUAUAGAGCUGAAAAAAGGGGGAAAAGAUACACCGGUCACUAUCCACAAUUUAGAGGAGUAUCUCAGAUUGGUUAUAUUCUGGGCACUAAAUGAAGGUGUUGCCAGACAAUUUGACUCCUUCCGAGAUGGAUUUGAGUCGGUGUUCCCUCUCAGUCAUCUUCAGUACUUCUAUCCUGAAGAGUUGGAGCAGCUCUUGUGUGGCAGCAAGACAGACACUUGGGAUGCAAAGACUCUAAUGGAAUGUUGCAGGCCUGAUCACGGUUACACACAUGACAGUCGAGCAGUGAAGUAUCUCUUUGAAAUUCUCAGUAGUUUUGAUAGUGAGCAGCAAAGACUAUUUCUUCAGUUUGUGACAGGCAGCCCCAGACUGCCUGUAGGAGGUUUUCGAAGUUUGAAUCCUCCCUUGACGAUUGUACGGAAGACAUUUGAGUCCACAGAGAAUCCCGAUGAUUUCUUACCCUCAGUAAUGACUUGUGUGAACUAUCUCAAAUUGCCGGACUAUUCAACUAUUGAGAUAAUGCGUGAAAAACUCUUGAUAGCUGCGAGAGAAGGGCAGCAGUCAUUCCAUCUUUCCUGAUCACAAUGAAAAAUGCAAUGUCUGCCUGUUACAGCAAAAGAGAAACUCAUGAUUCUUUUCUAAAUAUAUCACCUGAGUCAAGGAAACGUGUUACGCCUUCUUGUUGUAGAAAAACGGCUUGCAGAUUAUAAACAAAGACACUUGGUUGAUAUUCAUUAAAAGCCCCUAUGGACUUAAAGUGAUCAGGCCCUAAAAGUUGUUGUGACAAGGUUUCUUUAGCAAGUUCUUGUUUAAAUUAUCAUUUAUUUGAUGAGUGAAGUUUUUAACUUGCUUUGCUGUGUGAAAUUUAAAAAGGGAUGUUUUUCCAGGCUGGAACAAUAAAUGUCGCUGUGCAGUUUAAUACUGGGCUGUGUGUAUCCAUCUAGCUAAGUCUGAAGUUUUUCCUCCAAAGACAACUUUUGUACAUAAGUACAGAAAUUAAAAUACACCAUGUAUUUGACGAAUCUAGUUUAGUAGACUAGUUCUGUGUACCCUCACCUGCCUCUAAUUUUACCAAUCCUCAUGUAUUGUCUGAUGUGCAAUUCACUUGGUUCUUUUUGUGUGCAACAUUCAACAAUUGUUAUGUUUUGGUUAGCAUGGGCAUUUAACUGCUCCAUGCCUCUUUCUCUGAUUAAGAUAAUUUAAAUUUUACUGAAAUCAAAUAUAUAUUGUCAAUAUAAUUCAGCCUUUGUAACUAGGUAGAACCUUUCUUAUAGCAUAGUUUUACUGUAGUGGUAGGAUAUAAUGGCGACAGUCGUUACCAGAGCGCUCCAGAGCUGUUUACACAGUGAUUCAGGCAGCAAAAGCCUCGUACUGGAGGCAAGGAAGAAUUAUUUCUUUCAUGUAGUUGAAGUCCAACAGCUUGGGCUGGCCAGUGUGUAUUGUGGUAAGGCCCAGAGCAUUUCGAAUUGAUGUAAAGUUUUUUAAAAGACAAAUUAGUUGUUUCAUUCCCUGUUUGAGUAAACAGUUUUCCUGUUCUUGAUCUAAGUUCCUGGCUGAUUUUGUAGUUUUUUCUCCCUUUUUUUUUUUCUUUUUUUCUUUCCCCCCAGUGCUAGCUUGGAACAAGCAGUUCAGCCUUUGUCUUUUGACACAGAUAAAGCACCUGUAAGCAAUGCUCUGUCCAACUGUUUUAUGUGCUGAUUUCUCAAAUCUGCAAUAAUUUACUUCAUCAGGUUAAUGUUUUUACCUGAAUAUAAAUAAAAAAGUUUGCUUCACCUUUUUGUUCAUAGUUUUGUACUGUAUGCCUAAAGCUCAAUUGUGUAAAUUACUGUAAUGCAAGUAAAUCAUCCUAAAUCUACUUGGCUAACAACCUGCAACUUGUGGAUGAUUUACUACUAAAACAAGACCUUUUAAGACCUCCAACUUUGAGGGAAAUUUUUUUCCUUUCUAUGCGUUCAAAAAACGGGCAAUUACAAAUAUUCCUGAGAUGUACCUGCUACAUAGGUAAUCUUUAUGAAAAUGUGAUAGUUAAUUACUUUUAUUCAACUUUGAGAAAUCAAAAUGCCUUUCAGUGCUUAGAAAUUGUUAAAUUCUGGCUAAUCAGGCUAGUUAUUUCCCCUAAACUAACAAGUUUUCUUCUAUCCAGCUGAAGAACUCGUACUUCCAGAACACGUAACGGACAUUCUUCUGGUGAACAUUCACAGAAUUCCUGUGCUUGCUCAGACCAGUGCCACUGAAAUGUAAUACAGACCUGUCAUGAGCAUGAGUAGAAUGUGAAAUCCUUGCACAAAGAACCUGAUAACUGAACAGUUUUUUAUUACCGUAUUAAACCCGACCGAAGGCGCUUCACCCUGUACAUACAAUAAUGGUAGCGCGCAGUGCGGCAUAGUUCGCAUCCAACUUCAAGGCAGUGUUUAAACUAUGGACUGGUGUUUAAAUUGUUCUGAUAACUUGAUCAAACUGAGCACAAACAAGUGUUUAUAGUGUGUGGAUAGCAAUUUGUUCAUUUUUUUAAGGUUCUAUAUUUUAAAAAAACUGACUUGUGUAAAAAAAAAAAAAGAAAAAAGCUAAUAUUUUGUAUUAAAAUAUCAUGUGUAUUGAUA